GAGUAAUCAGCUUCAAACUGAGACUCUUGAAAACGAAGAACCUGUGACAAGAAAAAAAGGAGCAGGAGAAAAAAGGAGGAAAAAAAGCAUUGUGAGUAUUUUUCUCUCAUAAAAAAUCAGUGUUUAAAUGAGUAUGUUUAGUAAAAAAUAUUUGACAAAUGCAGGACUUUUUUGUCUUGUUUGCACUUAUCCACAAUUACUUUAAGGUUUAUGCAUUUAUUUGAAUUCUAUUAUGGCCUGUGCUUAACCUGCUGCAUAAUCUCAGAGGCAAAAUGGUUGAUUACUUGUUCUUUGGUUGGUUUCUAAGAAAAUCAAAAGCACAGUAUUUACUACACAGUGAUAGAAAGGAAACAUUUUUUUUUGCAGGUUUCAGACUUAUUUCUCAAAUAUCUUAACUGUUUUUGAAUUGUUAUUUUUUUAGGUCAACACUGCAUCUCAGCCUAAGCAAAGUUGGUAGAAAUGGAAAACCUGCAGGAACUGACCUCCUUCGCCAAAGAGAUGAUGAGUCAGAAACCCAGCCGGGGUCUGCUGAAGGUCUACCUGGUGGGUUCUGUGUUUGCAGUCCUGGGGACUGUCAUUGGCCUGGUGGAGACCGUGUGUCACCCUUUCUCCUCUGGUGAACCCAUGGAUGCAGAGAUGCUCCUGAUGCUGGCCAAGGAGCAGAGGACUGUGGAGGCUGGUUUACAGGACAUUGAGGGCAGCCAGGAGGAAGAGGAGGAGGAGGAGGAGGAGGUGAAGAAGAACAAGGAGGAGGCAUGUGAAAACAGUGCCACAACCAAGAGCGUGACCCUGUCCAAGAAACAUGGACUCGGCCAAAGGAGCCUUUCCAACAGACUUCACGCGUCCUAAAGCUAAAAGGGUUGACCCUAAAAGACUCAAAAUAUUUAUUAAACAACUGCUGAGUUGUGCAACAAAGACUGAAGCUUCAUAGACAGCUGAAAUUGUGAGCAGCCUGCUUAUUAAUGAUGCAGAUAAGUGCUGUGGGAAAUGUGUCUUUGCACGCCCUAAUGCAUGACAAGUGAGGUUAUGUUAGGGCACUCAAACUGACUUAAUAGCUCAGAAAUCCCUGCAGCGAUACUUCAUAUGUAAAAGGUGAAUUGCACAUUAACUAUCGGGUGUUGCAGCUCCACAAGUCUGCAGACGACACUGUUGAAAAUCUUGUAAAUGAAGGUCCUGUAGAGUUAUUUCGUGGGGGAAAACCUACAAAUGUCUCCCACAUUCGUCCAUGGAGUAGACAUCCUCCAACAAGAAGUGGCUGAUGCUUCAUGAAAAAUUUGUUGUUGGGGAUGAAACCUCCAUCAGGCCUUAAAACUACUACAACUCUCAUCAUUUGUCUUCAUAAACAGACUUUUCUGGUUCCUGAAAGUAAAAAUAAUUAGGAAGCAACCAUGCACAGUGCUUUUUGUUCACAUUUUCCGUUAAGUCAGGACUUUAGAGUUUGUGGUCUGUAGAUUUUUAAGUGUACCUAAAUGCAGCAUGGUCUAAAAAGUCUCCAUGGUGGGUAAGCUGCUGUGUGGCGCCCUCCUUUGUUUGACCCAUGCACUUGAUCUGCAGCUGCAUCUACAGUACAUACUGUAUCCAAGUGAAGGUGGACUAAUGUCAAUGUUAUGCUGCGCAUGAUGAGCAAAUACUGUAACUAUACAUAUUUUUCAUACAAAUAAAAUGCUUUUUUAAUGAAAUCCAUACCCAUGAUGGUUGACUUCUUGUUUUAUUAAAUCAUAGCCUGUGGUUAUGAGUUCUGUCACUACACACAAAUAGAUAUAUUCUUUUAAAAGGCCUAUGUUUUUCAUAAAUGAUAGCCUCUAUUAUUAAAGUAAUAUAUGUUUGAUAUAGUAAAAGAAGCAUAGUAAAAUCCCACUUCCUAAAAAGAUGGGAUACUGUACGAAAUAAAGCUUGUAUAUCAAAUUAUAUCGAUACAUAUAAAAAAAUCCAAUCGAAUUUUCUAAAAUCACAUAAAGCCAUUAAAGAAGGUAUCAGAAAGGAAAUAUAAAGUCUGAAAAAAUUCAUGAUAUUUCCCUUUUAGCAUCAGGAUUUACUUGUGGACUGAUUUUUUUUUUUGUCUCCAGUGCUGAUCUGGAGCAGUUUGUGGUAGUCUAUGGACAGAGGAGGCACUUUGCUGCAAAUAAACUUAAGCUGUUUGCACAUUUUGGAGUGCGUCAGAUUUUUGCUGUUGGGCCACAGUUGUGACCAAAUCUGUCACAGUGGCGUGUUGCAAGCAUAGACUGUAUCUAGAAUGGAUGCCGUCUGCCUCCUCACUGGGUGAAGCCACUCUGAGAACAGCACACUCUGGUGAUGGGCUGCAGUAUAGGUCAGAAAUCCCACCUCCGCCAGCAAGGCUUGUGGGGCUGUGGACAAACUUUAGAAAUUAAUUAGACAGAACAAUCCCCCCUUGUGAUUUGACAUGUAGUUACUGUGAGACUGGUUUGUGCUGUGCUGGCACUGGGAUCUGAGGGUUCGCCCCAGGGGCAGGCAUUGGGAGCUAGAGGUCUGCCCCAGAAGCAGAUGGACGAGCAGUCACUGGGAGCUGGAGGGUGUCCCAGGAGAUGAUCAAGGAGCAGGCACUGGGAACUGGGGGUCCGUCCCAAGAGCAGGCACUGGGAACUAGGGGUUGUCCCAGGAUCUGAUCAAGGAGUAGGCACUGGGAACUGGGGGUCCGCCCCAGGAGCAGGCACUGGGAGCUAGGGGUUUACCCCAGGGGCCGAUCGUGGAGCAGGCACUGGGAUCUGAAGGUUUGCCCCAGGAGAAGGCAUUGGGAGUUAGAGGUCCACCCCAGAAACAGAUCGAGGAGCAGGCAAUGGGAGCUGGGGGUCCGCCCCAGGAGCAGGCACUGGGAGCUAGGUGUCUGCCCCAGGAGCUGAUGGAGGAGCAGGCACUGGGAGCUAGGUGUCUGCCCCAGGAGCUGACGGAGGAGCAAGCACUGGGAGCUAGGGGUCCGCCCUAGGAGCUGUAGAGAAGCAGGCACUGGGAGCUGUGGGUCUGCCCUAGGAAUCGAUCAAGGAGCAGGCACUGGGAGCUAGGGGACCGCCCCAGGAGCCAAUUGACUUUUGAAAACAAUUCUUCAUUGAGAUAUUUACCUUAAAAAACACGUUAUUUGUGCCAAAUACCUUAUGCGAGUUCGGCUCCACCCCUUAUGCCAUCAACAUUAGCAGUACAGAACAUGAGUAUUUUACUUCUGAAAACAAUUCUUUGUUAUUUACCUUACUGUUUCAUCUGCAGAUGUUUGGAUGUGAAUUUCUCUUGUUUUUUUGUGGACAUGCUCAUGAAACAAUAAACCUUUCAAGUCAGUAUGACAGAGUGAUGCAAUUUAAAUUCUGAUUUAAAUUACAUCUGUCCACCCAGCUGUUCAACAACGGCGGGUCCUGGAGCAAGACGGGGAAAAAAAAAAUGCGGUUUCACAAGCACCUCUUGUCUUUGUGUCUUCAUUGACAUACAACACAGGCACUGACAUACAACAUACAGGCAUAGGCAUACAACAUACAGGCAACACACAGGCAUUGACAAACAACAUACAGGCAUUGACAAACAACACAGGCAUUGACAUACAACACAAAGGCAUUCAAAUACAGCACACACAUUCCCAAUGAACCAACAGAAACAGGGGAAGGAAGGGAUUAUAUAUGCACACAGGGAAAUGAGCAACGAGAAGCAGGUGAGACACCCGAGACAGAGGUGCAGACAAUCAUUAAGGAGGGAAAACUGAGGAAGUAAAACAAGACUAGAAACACAGGGAAUAAGCUACUUCAAAAUAAAUCAGGAAACACUGAAAACUGAAACAAGCAAUAAAACACUGAGAACAUAAGGGAACCAGAAGCAAACACAAACUGAAAUCUCACAAGACAGGGGAACAGGAACAACUGGGAACAGGAACAUGUUCCCAAUUUCACAAAGAAAAUACACUCCAGUGAAAAACUAACUUAAACUGAACAUAUCAUGACAGUUUGUCAGAUUGCACUGUGAAGUCUACAGCACAUCAAGCUUCGUCUCACUGUAACUUUUACUGGAAUGAAAAAUGAUGCAGAGUGAACAUCCCAGUGUCGCAGCAUCAAUAAGUCCAAUCAAAACACAACACUGGCCACUGUAAAAACUGCACUGAAAAUACACACAGUAAAAGAUGCAUAUUUCAAUACAACAAAACAAAACAAAAGACUCAGCCUUCUUUUCACUCUAAUUGCAAAAUCAAUUCUUGCACCUGAAUUUUUCCUAUUUCUGAUUUUGCAAAUGAUGUUGCACUACUUUGUUUAUUGUGGUUUUCACAUUGUUUUCAUGGCAAAGAUGAAUUGUGAAUUUUAAAAACGCAUUCAGAAUUAGCACUGAAUGAGCCUGAGCUUGUAAAACCUUUAUCACUGAGCUCCAGUUGUGCACAAGUUUAGGCAGUAUUGGUCAAAUCACUGCUAACUGACCCUGACCCCAAGUUUUUUUUAGAUUUUAUUGGCCAUCUGGACUGCUCAGCUGACUCACCCACAGAUCAGGCCGAGUGGUUCACUGAGAUAGCACUAUGACAAUAGGACAAUGCUGCCUGACACGUGAACAUGAGUGGGGAGCGGAUAUAACCCUGAGUCAACAGGAUACUCUUUGAAGCAAGAAUAGAUUGAUCACUGACUUUUCUGAGGGUUGAAUUGGUUGACCUUCAAUCCUCUGAGUGCAGAAGACUCAAAGGGUCUGUGAUCACUGUGGGUGAUUCAGCUGGAGAGUAAGGACAAGCUCUAGACCUUUAAAUGGUCAGUGACAGGAUUGACGGUUGUUUGAAUAGGAUCAUCAUGCUGUUGGAAUUUCUUUUUUUGUUUACAUUUUUUUGUUAAACUAUUUUUCUAAUCCAAACAGGUUCAAGUCUGAUUAGUUCUUAAUGUACACAUGUACAAACAAUUUGUGUAUUCCCUUUAUUUCCUGUAUUUCCUGUAGAGCAUUACUGCCACCAGCUGGACUACAGUGAAACAAAGGAGGACAUUAAGAACGUCUAGUUAUAUUUUAUAAAAACAAUGAAAACGUUACAUUAAAAACGCUACAGUUUGAUUAUUUAUCCUCAUAAAUAAAGGCUUUAUUCUUGCAGAAGGUCUUUAAUUUUUUUUCUCAAUGUGGCACGUUUUUGGCUAAAAAAAAUCCCAAUGUUUAAACAAAAAAACUCUUAUUCUGCAGGGAUCAUUUUCAGAAUGUUAUCGGACUCUUAUGGUCUGAGCUUGAGGAUUCUGUUGUUGCCAUUGCAAGCAGUUGCAGGCUGAAGUAAUUUACAGAAACAAUUAACAGUCUUCGGCUAUGUUCACACUGCAGGUCAAUUUUGAUUUUUUAACUAUAUGUGACACAUAUCAGAUUUUUUCAUGUAAGUGUGAACAGUGCAAUUCUGAUUUUUUCAAAUCUGACCCAGGCCUCUUUUGUAUGUGGAUAUAAAUUGGAUAUGUAUCCGAUGUGAGUGCAGUGUGGACUCUCAGGCACGUUCAGACGACCUAUAUGUCAUCAAUAUGCGACAAACGUCACCAUUGUUCGACAACACAAACAGGCGCAGAAAGCAAUUUGUGCUUUCUGCAUUCUGUUCACAUUAGAUGCUGCAUUCGUUGUAAUGUGAAUGACCGCACAGGCCUAGGUGUCAUUUUAUCAGACUGUUCAAAUCGAAGGAUUUGAAAGGUUUAUUGCUCAUGUGUGGUGUUGAUGCUCUGACUUUAUGACAUAUAUGUUAAAAUAUCUUAAACCCACUUACCAGAAGCCAAUAUUGCAGUGAUUGAAAGCAAUGUUUGUAAUAAUGAUACAUGUUAAGUGUUUAAUUAUUACAGCUUGAGUUUCCUGCCUAACUACAUUUAGGUUUCACUAUCUACACCCAGAUACAUUGAAGUGGGAGUUUGAGAAUCGUCCCUUAAAUCUUUAAAGUAAAUCCUGGAAAAACAUUUCAAAGUUUAAGUGUUUUUAUUUUCCUCUUCAACAAGUCAAACAUCAUGUCAUGACCACAGCUGCUGAAGGAUUUCUGGUUUAAAUACUUUCACAAAAUUAUGAACCCCAGAGUUUAACCAGGGGUCAAAAAGUCAAUACCAGAAAGUCAAAGCCGAGUGACAAAAGAGUGGGCAGAGUCUUUCUCUCUUUCAAAGAAACAGGGAUUUGAGUUGAAAGGUUGCCAGUGGAGACGAAAGGCAACACACACAGUGUGAAGCUGCUGAAUCUUUGCCAAGUCCUCCUCAGAGUCAGCCAACCAACCUCAGUCUGAGUUUGAUGAAGAACAACAGGCUGUACGGACCUGCAGACAACAGCAUGAUUACAUCCGGGUUUGAGCUGUGAGCUUUACGGCCGCCAUGUGUGGUACAAAUAACUGAAUGGACCUCUAACAGCUUUAAAUGACCAGAAAAUGUGACAAGCAUGAUGUGUUAACGUGAGGAAACUAACUUUUCCAUUUUUACUGGGUUUAGAGCUGAACUAACAAUGGCAUGUAUUUUUUAAUCAUUAUGAGAAAUUUAGUUCUUUUUUGUGUGUAAUAUCUCUGUCAAUGUCAGGUGACAGGCUAAAAUCAAGUCCAAUACGCCAUUUUUGUAAACUUAGAGGUAAGACAAAACACUAACUACAAGCAGCAAAGACCCCCAGAGUUCAGAACAGAGUAGAUAUCAGUGAAAAUAGACAGACUGGUGCUAAAAUUAUUGCUGAGCUUGACUUCAUAGUGGAGAACCAUUAUAUUCAUUUUGUGCCUUACUUAAAUGAGUUCAUGUUUUCUAUGAUUGACACUUGAUACAGCCUAUUGGCGUAAGAAGAUUGCAUAGUUUACCCGAGGGAUACGCUGUUUGAGCUGAGCAUCAUCACAGCGACUCUCAUGCAUACAAUGCUACUGCGCAAGUGGAGGUUCCAGGAAGUGGAGAAAAUCCCAGAAAUUCCGAGAGCUUUUCUGUAUACUUCAAAUCUGUAUUCUGGCGGAAGGAGUAACACAGUCUAUGAACGUAACGCAAUGCAACGCAACAUAACAUAACACAGUGCAACGCAACGUAACUUGACGUAACGUUGCAUAAUGUAACAAAUUCUUGCCAAAAAUGUUGCAGCGUCUUACAUUUGGGUCAGUUAUUAAAUUUGGGUUGUAUUACUUUUUUUCAAAAUUCCUUUUUGUGCCCAACACUUUUUUUACAUUAUUGACAAAUUAUUAAAUUUCAGAUGUUUUUAUUAUUAUUAUUGUCAUUUUUAACAUUUUUAACAAUCAUUUUUACAUAUCGGGCUCUGACAAGACCAACCCCAGCCACCUGCAGGCUCAUCUUGGAUUAAUCCCAACUCCUGUUUAUCUUACUGUGAGAAACUUUUCCCAAUAUUAAGUCUUCACAAGUGCCUGCUGUGAUUUUCAGUAUUUAUUCAAUGACUGGACGCCUUUCUCAGUGUGUGCAGGCUGAGUAAAUGAAUACAGACUUGCUGUGAGUGAGAUGUAUGUUCAGCUGCACGUGUGUUCCUGUACAGUCUGAGCAGAAAGCAGACAGAUUAAGUAGUCUGCAUACUUAAAUGUGCAGUACCCUAGCAACACGGCAAGUCAGAAACACAGUUUGUUUAAGCAUAUGGACUGAUUUCCUUUAAAGAAGGGAGGGAGGGGAGGCUACGUAGCACCUGCAUCCAGACAAUGUCAAAAAGAAAUUUGCCUGAUAGAGACAUGAACACAAGCUGCCCGUAACAUAGAGCAUCAAUUUAAGGAGAAGAAAAUAUCAAUAAUAUUUUGCAAAUCCUUUUCCACCGAUACUCAAUUGACUACACUGCAAUCAUCGCCUAAAGUUGAUCUGCGUAUUAUCUGACCAUUCAAUUAUUCCAUUCACUGUAGAAAAGAAAAAACUAAAAAACGAGUCUACAUUUUGCUUAUUUGUUUUUCUCUAUAACCAAAAAAUUAAAGAUUAGUGUUUGCUUUCGUAUUUUCAGUUCAACACAGAAUAUAUAAUAGAGAUGGAAACAAAAACAAAAUAAUAAAUCUACUUUUCAUUUUCAUGUUAUUGACGUCCCCAUUUCCCACGGUGCCUUUCUACUGUUCACACAUGCGCAUUGCGAAACAAAGUAGCCAACAACGUGGACCAAAAAACUUUUUUGGUUAUACAGAAAAACAAAUAAACAAAAUAUUGACCCAUUUUUUUUUGUUUUUUGUUUACUAGAUUGAAUGGAAUAAUUGAAUGGACUGAUAAUACAUGGACCAAAAUUACCCUUGUUGUUUUUGCAAGUUAAAGCUUGUACAGCAACCACUGUUUUUUCAGACUAUGAAACAUGUUGCCCACAUGUGAUAACACCAGAGUUGAUAAAACUCAUUUUAUUUACAAACACUUCAAAUCAGCAGGCAUGGAUGGCAACCUAAUGUUUCAGACUUAAUAAUUAAUUAUAUCAAGUCUUCCCUGCUGAAACAAUAGCAGCUCAGAAACGACACUGCAACAGCCUGUGAGUGGUUUAAAUGGACAGCUCAUCAGGACAGUGAAAAAUGGCAAAUUUAUGGUGGGUCGAGUGAAAUGACUAAAAGUGUGAUUAAUAUUUACACAUUCGGAGUCAAAGGCCAUUACACCUGAUCUGUUUUUUUUAAUCCUCUUAUCAAUUAAGGGUUUUGAAGUAGAUGAGGUUCUGUUACUUAGUGGAUAAUUACUCUGAAAGCAUAAAAUUCAGGUCAGUUGAUUUACACUUUUUUAAACCUCAGGCAGGUUACAGCGCAAGAAAACCCAAUCACAAGAAAGCAGAUGGAUGGAUUCUCUAUAUUUUGUACUCAUACACAAAUGGAACACUAAAAAAUUGCCUUCAUUAUACUGUUGGGGUUAGGAUUAGAGAUGAAUCAACUUCAUGGUCAUUUUAUGCAUAAAUGGGGCUUUUAUUUUGAAAGAAACAUCUGACAUUGAGUUCAAUUUGUCCUUUUCUUUGUAAGUGUAGAAGAUUUUGUAAUUUGAAAUAGACAAUGUUGAAACAGUUUUGCUACAAAAGGAGUAAAAAAGUGGAAAAACGGGUUGUUACCACAAAGUUUUUAGUCUUUUAACAUCAACACACUUUGUUCUCCGUGAUCCGAUGAGAAUAACAGAAGACUGCUGAGAGGAGAGUGGAGAAAGUUUGAAGGAAUUUCUCACACAGAGAGCAGCUGCUGUCACCAGGUGGGGGACUCUUUGUCUUUCUUCUCAGCAGGUGUCUGAGGGACACUUUUGGCCAGAGCUGAAAUCUCUGCACUGAACUGCAAGGGUAGAAAGUUACUUCAGAGUAGAAGAGCAGUUUUAUUGCAGUUCAAACAAAGGCAUGGCUAAAAACUGCCCAAACUGUAAUCUCUUGUCUCUUUAUCUGCAGAGCAUUUAAGACUGCACCAUCCAAACGUCAGAAGCAGUCUCUGUAGCCACAAAUGUAAGCUUACACUGAAACAAGUUGUGUGAAUGUUUUUGUUUUGAAAAUCUUGUCCACUGUCUUCUUAGGAUGCAUUCACACUGUUUACGUAGCCCACACCUUGAACCCUGCUUCACCUCUGUGCAGUCUUUUUUUUCCUGCACCACAUUUAAAGCGCAGAGAAAAACUGUUUAACCAGAACCAAUGAAAAUAAAGGUCUUGUUUUUAUUAGCUGAUCACAGCGUAGCAUCAGCAAGCUACACCCACAUCUUUGUGUGCAGACAUGAUCAACCUGACAGAACCUCUCCUCUAAACAGUAGCCACAGUAAUGUUUUCCUCCGCACUGUUGGCAUUUGCAGGCGCCCCCACCAGGGUCCCAUUCGCUGGUGUGUGUGGCGUGACUUUGGCCAGUCGGUGCUCCUUGCUGUGCAUGCAGCUUUGGGCGCAGAGCUGGCAGGAUGAGCAGGGAACGUUGCAGCAGGGUAGAAAGCGACAGAUGCUGAUGCGCCACAAGAACCAGCCGGGCGACCAGCAGCACCAGCAGAGCACCAAGCCGCCAGCCACCACGCCCAGGAGGAUGUACAGGAUCAGCAGGGACAGGGAGGCCGGAGAGUCUGAGGGAAAAAGAGGCAAAAUAGAUCUAUCUUUGUACAGGUGGGACAUAUUCAUGUCUUAUCAGUGAUUUCACUCUGUCACUUUGUGACGACAUGCACUCAAGAGAUCACAUACAGAGAGAUUGACUCUGCUUUGGGUUCUGUGUGAGUAUAGACCAUAGACUGUAUGACAACUGGAUGUAGCAUCUUUGACAUCACCCAUUUGUAUGUGAAGCAGAGUUUUAAAGCCUAGCAACAUCUGUCACCAUUAGGGUUGGGCAUCGAGUCUCGAGCAUCGAUGGGGACCGGGACUAACAUUCCGAUUCUCCCGGAUUCGUUCAAAUUUUAAAAUUUUGAUUCCAAGUUUUGAUGCCGGAGUCCGCCGACCGGAAGAAAUAGCCGCCAAACAACAACGAAGAAGAAGCCGUCAAGACCAAUGAGAACGAAGCAUAUGAGACGAAGCCACACACAGAGAGAAGAGAGACAGAGAGAGAGAGAGAGUGCAUUGCAACCCACAGCCACUGCGGUCAAAAGUUUGGCUAACUUUAGCAGGAAGAGUGAACUUUUAUCUCUGUGCAGUUGAUUGAUUGCAGUCAUUCAAAAUCAGACGAUACUCAACCCUAGUCACCAUAUUGGUAAUGCUGACUCGAUCUCGCUUUUGGUCAACCUGCCAGAGUCUUUGACCUCUUCAAAAAAUGCUGCAGUGUGUUUCAAAAGUAUUUGGGUUACCUGAUCGGCAAAUCAGAGGCAUGGCAUGGCUUGACUGACAGGUGGGCACACUGUAACCAUUGGCGAGAGGGGUUGACCUGAAGUUAGGUUAUCUAGUUAUGAAGCACUCAAAGGUCUACCUGUGGCUAAAGCCCCCCACAUACAGACUGUGUGUGCCGUUAUUAUUUCAAGGUCAUGCAAAGGAGAAAUUUUGUGAUGAUGGUUACGAACACUUUAACUGUUUGUGGCUUUGUUUUUGCAAUGCACCUUGCAUGCACUAACAGAAUGCACGAUGGCUCUUUUGAAUUUAUGCAAACUUUUAGACUAAAAGGAUUUGAAAUAAUAACCUGCCUCUAAUACAAGCCUGCGUCAUAUAAAGGUUUUGCACAAGGCAAAUGUCAUAGCCAGCCUGGGGAUUUAUAAAGUUGGUUUGAGUUCCUUUAUUUUAUUGCUAAAAUCAGUUUUAAUACAUAGAAAAGUAUGAAAAAAUGCUCAACCAAAAUAUUUCUCUCAGUUUUUGUUCCUCUGAUGUGCAGUGAUGGUUUUAGCUCACUGACUGAUGCUCUUUCAGUAGAUUCCCAAAGACUCUGCGUCUCCUGAUAUCUAAUCUUUCCUGAACCUCGUCUCCUCUGUGUUUGCCUUCCAGUGGCGCCCUCUCAACUUUGAUUUCUUACUAUCUAAAUAAAAGAAGGGAGAAAGUACAGUCAAGUCGUAACUUUUUACAACAUCCUUCUCUAGUGAGCCACAGUGGCUCUGCUCUGAGUGUCAGGACUGGUGCUUUAACAAAAGGACCUGUCUUCAUGAAAUCGCAAAUGUAGAAAAGCGUGUUACAACUACAAACGAGGAGGAAAUGUGUUUCCCUUGGAAAUGACUCUCUUAAAAUGCAAACUUACUCUUGCACAUUUUUUAGACUUUAGACAGAGGGUUAUGAAGAGUUACGACUUUAGAGGAAGCCACCAAGCUUUGGGCUCAGACACAUAGUUGACAGAGAGUCAAAGAGCACUCAGAGAGAGACUUACUAACUAUUGGAGGAGAUUUGAUGCUGAAAAAAAAUUUUUUUCAUCUGUACUAAUGAGACAUCUGGUACCAGUCCCCCAGGGAAUACAUUCAUGAAAGUGCCAGGUUGGGCGGUUUUGGGUCCAAUUGUGUGGAUAAACCUGGGCCAGGUUUGUUUGUUUGUUUGUUUGUUUGUUUGUUUUCCAUAAUGAACAGGGUAGGGUAACAGCUGGAGUGUGACACGGGGAGAUUUUCAGGAUUUCAGAGCAUAGGCAAAAGCAGUGCUUCAGCCAUGAAACAGUGUCUGGAUUGUGUUGAACACUGGAGUUUUAAGGCCUCAGGACUGUCAUUUUCAGGUGAGUUUGUGAUCUCUGCAUUACCAAGCAAGUCUGAACUCUCAUGAUUAUCUUAUGUCUGCAGCUUCUUGUUGGGCUUCAAUGUUUUGGUUGGGCUCCGGGGUUCUUACUGUCCCCGCACACCAAGUAAGAGUAAUAUCAUUCGCGCGACUGAAUUACAUGUAAAGUCAAUGCAAAGACGCAAUUAGACACCCCUACUACUCUGGUGGCGCAAAUGACGCAGGAUAGGCAAGCUGAAAAUGUCUUAACUUGAGCGGGUAGUCACGUCCCGAUAACCAAUCAGCACAAAGGUGAUGCAUGAAAGCAGAUGGUUGUUCACUGGUAUCUAAAACGGAGGACAAACUGAUCGUCAAUUACCGAAACCGGAAUAAAAAGGAGCUUGCCUGGAGGCAAGUGAGUGAGGAGGUCGGAUUACCUGGUAUAUUGUAAAAAACCUUUAUCUAUCACUUGAUCCCGCUAGUUAAAUUGGCAGUGAUUACUGUUGAAAUUACCGUUGACGCGCAUAUGAAGCAAGUAAAUACUUUUCAUUCAUGCGUCUAGUUUCGUGCAAAUUAAGCGAGUAGAUGAUUUUACGCACGCUUGGUGUGAGUGCCCCGUUAGAUCUGAAGCAGGAUCAUCUGUGAUGUCAAUUACAGUUGUUAAUCUGGAGAGUUUAAAGUCUGCCAGUCCACUUUACCAGUAUGAUGUAAUUUCAGGUUCUGAUUUCAGGUGGGCCUUGGGUGGAGGGUGGUUUUGGUCUACACGGUUGCUUUGCAGGUGAAACUUUUGAUUGAGGUAAGAUCCCACAAGGAAGCAGAAGGUCUCUGUCUAACGCUCUGACAGGGCAGUUUUUAUUUUCAGGUCUCCAACAGAUAAAUCGUAUGCAUAACAUGGGAGUUGUUUUUUCCUGAUCCUUCACAGUUCGCAGCAUGUCCGGCAAAGUACGAUUAAACCUUUCUACUGGAUUUCCUCGAGGAUGAAAGGGGUAGUCCUUAUUUCUUGGAUUCCAGUUAUUUCACUCAACUUCUUUAUCACCUGUGACUCAAAAUACUUUUAAAACGUUAAGAAAUCCAUGCAGACAAGUUCCAAAGGUCUUGUGUCUUUUUGCUUUUUCAGACAGAGACUUUCUUUUUACACAUCUUCAAUAACUUUUUUCUUUUCUUUCAACAUCGACAGACAUUUGUAGACAAAAGAAUCCGACUCAGACCAAGAGUGUACAGUAAUUUGUUUUGUUUUGUCUGGAGCAAACCCGCAUUUCAAGUGGGAUUUCAAGUAUGAACGGCUUUUGUGAAGAUUGAAUAUGUCUGCUAAUCCGGCCUGUGGUGCCUCACCCCCACCAGGCUCUCGAGGACACACUGUUGGAUCUCAGCUAAUAGACAUUUGGCAAUUUGCUCAGCAGAUGAAUGUGAUUCCUCUCCUCAGGCUCUCUCUCGAUCAGUCAGAAGAAAAGAAAAGCUGUUUUGUUAAAGGAAAGUUGGCAGAGUCUUAAAAGCAAUCAGACUCUGUCAGUCUGACUCAGUCGGUCUCUGUUUGCUCCUCUGACACUGGAAUAGAGACAGAUCACUCAAAAGGCUGCUCUCCGUCCUGACAAUCCAUCGACUUUUAUUGGUUUACGGGUCUUUAGCAGGAAUGAACAACUCAAUGGCGGUCUCUAUUAGUUUUACGCCUGCUCAUCAGGACGCUUUGCAUCCAAAUGAGUACUUGGCGACUCGUUUCACAACAAACUGCCUGCAGGAUAAGACCACUGGACAUUACGCGUUGAUGGGUGCUCCAGCUGGUUCUUACAAGCUAUUUAGACAAGAUUACGUCCAAGAGGACACACCUGUUACUGACUCGUGACUGGGAGUGCUGUCCGGCAUGCCGCAGUUCAUAUGUGAAGCCAUCUGCACAGUGGGUGGAGUCACAACUGGUGGAGGUUGGGUUGGUAACGCUGGUAGAGGUUCAGGAGGUAAAAGCUGACCUUCUGAAAAGCAAAAUAAGUUCAGGUCAUCAGUUGAAUGGAAACGUAAAAAAAAAGCCCCCAACAAUGAACUAAAAUAACAGAGCUAACAUCCAGGUUUUAAAAAGUUUUAAGCUCAAGUUUUCAAGCCUUAGUUGUGCGAUUCUGUGGGUGCUUCAGCGAAAAAGACAGUAUGAUAUAUUUGAUUAUGCAUAUAUAUAAGUAUAUAGCAAGGGGGCAAUAUAGCAAUUCAUUUCAGUGUCUUCUCAUCUUCACACUGACCUUUGCAGCCUGUGGUCAGGUUUUCUUCCAGAUCACUUCCGUCCCCACAGUUGUCGAUACCUUUUUCAUCACACACCAGACUAAGGGGGAUACACUUCCCAUUCCUGCAUGUGAAAUAAGGUUCGCUGCUGCACUCUGAGUGGUUGAAACCUGAAGAAACAGAUUUAUUGUACAUCAUGUUGUUUUUAUUGCAACUUGAAAAUCAUUGAAGGACGACUCUUAUUUAUGUUGUCCAAGAAAGAGAAGACCAGUUAACAGGACAGAAAAUACAAAGUAUUAAACAAUUAACUUUAACAGUUAUUAUCAGAAGUAGUUUAAGUCUUGAUGACAGACUUAAAAACACAAAGGGGGACCAAAGUCUUUAUUUUUAUGGUGCAUUGCAAAAAAAAGAAAAAUGUAGAUUUUUUGGGACUUGGUUGGUGGUUAAAUGGUCUAUUUGUACGAUGUUUAAACACUAGUUUAUCAUCAAUCUAGAUACUGAAAUAUUUACUCCCUGUAGCUCUACUCAUGUAAAGUAGAAUUACAAAAGUCUUGAGAACCAAUUCCCCUGCCCCAUGCCAAAAUACAGUACUUUACUUAAAAGACAACAGGAUUAUUAAACCACAGCCAGUCCCUAAAAACUCUGUGAUAAACCGGUCUUUAAAAGCACAUCAGACCCACCCUAAAAUUUCAUGGCACUAGACAAUGUGGGCUGGGAUUGCUCCAUAUGAACUCUUACAAACCUUGACAAGAUAAGGAACCUUAAAUUAGAUCUUUGAAAUGAUUUUUCAUUAUAUACUUUUCAAAGGUAACACAUCAGUGGAUAAAAACAAAAUCACAUAUUUAUAUUUCUUACCCAGUCUGAAGGAGGUAAAGUCCCCCACAAAGUCCACUCUGGGCUGAGUUCCCCGGGUGACCAGUCUCAGGGUCAGGUAGUUUCCUGUGGACAGGACAGGUCGUGGCGGGCUCUUCCCACAGAGAGGAGGCCCGAGGGGAGGAGAGUUUUUGUCCCGUCCAUCAUAGAACUGGACAUAUGAACCGGCGUGACACGGGUCAUCAAAGCUCUCACCAGAGGUGGGCUCAAGUCUGGGGUUCAAAGGGGCGGAGCCACGAGGGGACUCUGGGAUGACAGGGGCGGGGCUCAGAGGGGCCACUCGCAGCAGACUGUAGACUAAGAAGAAGCGGAAGUGGAACUGGACCUUGUCUUUGGGGGAACUGGCCUGCAUGGUGAGGUGGCAGUCGGUUGUUGUGGCAACAAAGUAAUACUUCUUGGACUCUUGAUGAGAGUUGACGAUCAUGCCGUCACCCCGGAUCGUCUGACCGCAGAAGUCCACCACAUUCACUGACAUGAAAAAGACAACAGGGAAAAUCUGAAAUAUGGAACAUUUCUGUAAUAAAACAGCCGAACUCUACACUACAGGUGAUCACAUCAUUAAUGAGUCAACCAGUUAUUAUGUGUACAGCCCCAAAUAAUGACCCAAGUUAUCACAAGACACUACAAAAAGAGGAGCAGGGGAACUCCAGCAGAAUCACUAUGGAGAAAAAUGUCACAAAGCACAGUACUUAACACAAUCCAGACAGAUGUAUAAUUCUAGAAAUGACUGAUUAAGUGCUUAGAAGAGCCAUGGGUCAAUGCGGUAAUCUGAAGCACGUAUAAGACAAGGCAAGUUUAUUUGUAUAGCACCAUUCAUACACAAGGCAGCUAAAAGUGCUUUACAGAUGCAAGGAAAUAUAUUGGAAAUGGAAAAAGAAAUUAAAACAACUUAAAAUCAAUAAGACAAACAACAUUUUUUUGUCUGUUCCAUAUUUGCCCUAAUUAUUAAUGAAAACCAUAAUUUCAAACCCAAGUCACACACUUUCAGACCCUGAGCUCCCCAGCACUCAGCCCUGGUCUUCAAGACUCGACCGGUCCUCAAGACCUCAGUCCACAGUAGGUCCCUGACCCAGAGCUCCCGAAGAUGGAUGGAUGGAUGGAUGGAUAGAUAGAUGUCCACUGGCCAAGACACAGCACCCCACAGACACAUCAAAAAGGACAGAUAACUAUGUCUAAAAGUAGCAUAAAAAAUCAAAUAAAAGACAAAUAAAAACAAACAAUGCAUAACUACCGCACAUGGUAGGAAAAGUGCAAAAGUGCCAAAAAAUGCAGGAGAGUGUGCAGAUGUAGUGGGAGACAUGAGCUAAGACCUAAGAUGAGGACAUAGGCUGAGUGCUACCUCCCCCCAUUGAGGAGUUGAAGAGUCUGAUGGCUGUUGGGAUGAGGGACCUCUUGAACCUCUCAGUUGCACUUUAGUGACAGAAGACGAUGGCGACUGUGGCUGCUUUCCUGACCAGCCAAGAUGCAGUGCAGGGGACGGUUCACACAGUCUAAUAUGCCCUGCAUCUUGCUCGAGGCUCGUCUCUCCCAGCAGUCCCCACAGAGUCCAUGCUCCUGCCAAGCAUUGAACCUGCUUUGCGGAUUCGCUUGUUCAGCCGUCUCCCGUACCUGUCUAUGAGGCUUCCUCUCCAGCAGACAGAAGCAUAUAGCAGGGAGCUCUCCACCACAGAUUCAUAAAACAUAUACAGCAUGUCAGUGCAAACGCUGAACAACCGUAGCCUGCGAAUGAAGUGGAAGCGACUCUGACGGCAUCAACAUCAGCAGACCAGUCCAGCCUGUUGUCCAGGUGGACACCUAACUAGCGGUAUGAUUCCACCACCUCGAUGUCUACUCCCCCAAUGCUGACUGGCAGAAGGGGUGUGAGCUUUGAUCUUUGGAAGUCAAUGACCAUUUCCUUGGUCUUGGUGAGAUGGUUCAUGCCACUCCAGUCCGAGAAGGUCCUCACCGGCUUGUUAUAUUCUCUUUCCCCUUCACCCUGGGUACAUGCCAUGAUAACGGUAUAGUGCAAGUAUUUCUGGACAUGGCAAGAGUCAGAGCGGUGCUGGAAGUCACAUACAAAUACAUAAGUCCUCUUGACUCAAAGACUAAUUAUCAAUAUGUAUUACUUAUUGUUUUGGCAUAAUGACAGUUAUCCACAAAAAUGAAUUUAAAAUACUAAUUUGAUCGACUCUGAGUGCUUUUAAAUCAUGGUCUUACACAAACGUAAUCAUUUAUAGAGCUUUCAACACACAACAGAGUACAGCCUACAGUAACUUAACAAUUGAUCUGAAAAUGUAUAAUGUUCUGUAUGUUUCUUAUCAUCCUGGUUCACGUCUGUGUAAACUUGGUCUGUGUGAUAAGCACAUUCAUUGUAUACGAAGGGGCUGAAACUCAUCCACAGCAGGACAGAUGGGUGGGCAGAUCCGGCAUCAGCAUCCCCCACCCAGCCGCCCACCACCCCCUGCCUCUGGGCUGCAGGCCAAAUAAUGAGAAAAUUUACGACCACCCCUGGAGUUUAUUAGCUCGGUUUCCCUAGGAGACAACCAGAUCCUCCCGCUCUGACCUCCAGGAAUGUCCUAAAGCCCCGGAGCCCCUGUUGGUGGGAAACGGCUCAGCCCCUCUGCACUGAGUUAGAAAAUAAAAAACCUCGGGGGGAUACCAUCCAAAACACCUAUGACCAGAGGACAGCGAGUCCCCUGUAAAGAUUACUACAGGCCGAAAAGUCAACUCUUUUUAAACACGUUUGCUGUAAAAUGGAGUUUAUCUGAAAGAGGAGAGUCAGAGCGCAGAGAGAGCGAGGGUCCUGGCUGACAGACUGUAGUGACAAAUGUCUCAGGGGGAGUAUUGUGUGGAAAAGGGCAGCAGCCUUACUGUACAUCCAUGUGUUCUCCUCACAUGGUGACUCAACACACGCUUCUUUUAAAUCACUGUACACUAAAACUCAGGCAGACAUGCUUUAUGUACAGCACAGUAUAGAAAAACAAAUAACUCUUCUAAGGGGACCACAGGAGAGCUGCGCCAUAUGGAAGAAAUCACAUGGAGUAUGUCGAAACUGAGGCUGUCAGAAAACCAGAUUUUCACCUCAUGAUGGCUAUAAAAACCGAGUAAAAGUAUUUUCCCUAUAUUUGUAGAAAACUUGAGAACAAAACAAAAUAUGUCAAAUUUAUAAACACAAGAAAAAAGUGACUCAACACAUUACUUCAGGAACUUCAUCCAUUUUUUAGGAGGCUCAGAUUUAUGAUUUAUCCACAUCAUCAGUCACUUCAGCCUUCACUGGGUCAAAAUCUCAACACUGAGCUCUCCAUCAUGCGCACUCUCACUGAUGUGCACUCUUUUUGACACGUGCUGAAAUCAACACACACUCACACUCAAACCUACACACUCAGCUACAUCCAGGCGGUAUUUCAAGUUCACAGUUAUUGGUGGCAGAGACUUCUUUGAAGGAGAUAAAACUAUCGUUUGUUGUGCUUUUAUUUUGACAUGUUUUUUGUCUUUUUUGUAAUUAGAUUGCUGUGUUUCCUACAUUGUAAAAAUAUGCUUUUAUUUUGACACUUUGUUAGUUCUCAGUUAAAAGAACCAUCAGUGAGGGUUAAGUUAUGCUGAAAUUAUUAAUGACCCAGGGGGCACAAUCUCUUCUUUUGAUUAUCAUCAUUAACUAUUUUUUAAAUAAAUGAAUUACAUUUAACAUUUAUCAGCCUAUUUUUUGGCACCAAUAAGAAGUACUAAAAUGGUUCGUAGAGGGCUGUUUCCAGGAAUUCCAUGCUGAAUCAGAACUCAGUCUUAAAACUGAGAGGAAACAUUUCCAGAAAGGAUGAUACUGAUGACUAAAUUAUGAUUAUCGACAGAGCCAUGUCUGCCUCUGCUACUGUAACAGGUGACAUGACCCUGUUUAGCUUGGUGCUGUCAGGUUGGACCUCAGUUGAUGUGACACAUUUUUGAAAUGUUUCGAAUUUCAACAUUUUUUUAUUUUUGAACAAGAAAAUGUGAUCGGUGUAACACAAGUAAAUACCUAACAGGUUAGUGAUUAAACAACAGUGUGUAAAUGUAGGUUCUAUGUGCUUUAAAAACAUGUAUUUUUUAAGUUGAAGCAAUUUUUUUGGUUGUUACUCAUAGAAUUGCACAUAUUACCUUAAUACUUAAUAUCUCAUGCUUUGAGAAUAUGGACUAAACCAGCUGGACUUGAAUGUGCACUCAUACCUGACUAAAAAAAACAAAACAAAAAAAAAAAACAUUUCUAAUCUGAUCCUACAAGAUUUCAAAAUUUUAACCUGUGUGCUUUUAUUCUCUUGUGUAUACUCUAACAUUCUGCAGCUGUUGGAUGCACACAUGUUUAACUUCUUAUGAGACCUAAUGAAGGUUUCUUUGCUUCUGGAGUUGGUCGCUGGUGGACUCUUGGGAACCGUCUUUUUUGCACCCCUAUAAUGGCUCAACUUUCCCACACUGGAGGUCACAGCUACUUUGUUUUUCACACCAGUGUAUAGCCAGAGCAAUGGGAUAAUAACAUUUAAUCCAAUGAAGGUUCAAAAAUAAAUAAUCAGAAAAUGUUUUAGGAGGUGAAAGGACUUAAUAAAUAAAUCACAUAACUAAGAGUUUGCAUCACAGGUAUCAUCACCAUUCAUUCUGUUGGAUUUAGACUUUAAGCAGCCCUGUUGUUCCAAAAAAUAUUAACAAUAAAUCAAAUUAUUUAUUUCCAAAUAAAGACUGAGACACUAAAAAAAUGAGUCUUUUGAAACUGUCUGUUGAAAAUGAUUUUUUUUGGAUGGAAGGAGAAGGAUACUUCUUGAACAUGCCGUAAUGAGUUUAAUAAUUUUUGGAUCACAUGGGAGAAAAAAUGAAUCCAAUACAAACAAAUAUAUCAAAUAGACUGUAACAGUACACAGUCAAUAUGAAAUGGUCGAUAUUAAUGUGAAACUGUAUUGAUUAAUAGUCAGUUUGUUGAUCAGUGUCCAAAGUAAAAAUAUUAAAAUGAUUUUUUAUUUGACUGUCAUGAAGUUUUACAGUCAGAGUGCAGGAAAAAAGCAGAAAUAUCUGGUAUGUACGUAUGAAAAAGAUUUAACUUAAAGCAGGAAAAACUGGCUUGGUCUAGUUUCAACAAUUUAAGAAACUGCAAAAAGACACUCUAGAGACGAGGAAGAGGCCAAGAACAUGUGCAGAAGAUCUGAAAUGAAAUAGCGUCUCGCAGAUAUCCAAUACACUUGGCAUGAGGAUGCUGUCGUUACAUUUUCUGUACAUUGUGCAGGUUGCUCCCAGCAUUUUAUUGAGAUAUGCGCUAUGAUUUAUUGUAAUGUUUGUUUAACCCACUGUUGAAGCUCAAGACAAUACUAAUUUAUUUAAAAAAAAAACACAAAUAACUAUUGAUGACUUGCACUGGUGCAGACAGAAGAAGAAAAGAGUGCGGUCAUUUAUAGCUUUAUUUUGGAUCACAGCUGCAAACCUUUUGAGAAAGACCGAGGUACAUUUGUCCCCAGAGUAUUGACCUUUCAAAAUCUGGGAUCUACAGCCAAAUAUUUCUCUGAGAUGAAGUUACAAUCCAGCAGCUUGAAAAACACUGAGACCUUAACCUAUAAGACAGUUUAUUCUGGACCAAGCAGCAAAGAUUGCAGUGCAGUGUUUAACCUUGGAGAAAUGAAGGUAUUGAACUGCUUAACUCAAUCUGAAAAGCACAAAUAAAACAAUAGAAUUGGGCUCCAACUUGAACUCUCUCAUGCUGCCAUUGCUCUUAAAUAUUUUGUAGUUUACAAUAGUUGCUAAAGAGUGGCAAAAGUAGUUUCAAACUCUUGUUUUUCAGAUCUGGAUCAAGGGAAGCUGUCAGCAAAUUUAUACACAAUGCAGUUAAACAAAUUCAACAUCUGGGUUCUACUACCUUUUGUCUGAGGGGAAAACAUAAAGAUCAAACUGCAGCUCACAGUGAGCAUUACGCGCAGAAACCCUGAAUUGCGUACACUUGCCUCGCGUACGUCACUUUUUCUGUUAUCAGAUGUUAGUUUUCAAUGUACUUAGAGUCUUAAGCGUGUCAAUCUCACCGGUAUCGAUGGCCGAGCUGUGCAGAGUCAUGAAACAGAGCAGGAGGAGCAGCCUUGGCCAACAGCUCUCCGCCUCCACCUCCAUCAUCCAGGCUCAGAGACACGCGCGCUCAGCACACACAGAGAAAAUCCGGUUCGCUCCGCUCACAGAGGAACCAUCAGAAUCAGGGUAACUUCUCAUGAAAGGUCAAAACUGGAGUCAAAAGUUCAAAAUCCUCAGCACGGAGACCAGCGGACGAAGAACAAGGUCACUGCCGCUCUGCUCUCCAUCAUAAAAACUCUCGCUCUAACUGAAGCCCCUCUCGCAGUGCUGGCCGCUCAAGUAGCCUGUCAUCCCCAUGGCAACCUUCAACCAAUCAGUGACGAGCAAGCUGACAGGAAAAGUUUCCUCAACUGAUUAAAAACUCUCGUUUAAUUCUCUCCUAAACAUGCUGAAUGUUCGGUUCAGAGAUAACUGCGACUUCACGAUCAUGUACAUUAGUUUAGGAGACAAUUUAGGUUAGGGGAGAGUGGGGUAAGAUGAACCAUUUUUCAUAUUUUUGAUCACUACAUCAAAGCCAUCAUAGUUUUGUCUCUAACUUGUGUAUCUGCAUGUAUGUCAAGAUGUUGUGCAUCCCUUCAAACCAACAGAAUGAGUGUAAACAUAACUGUCUUGAUGAUAUAGCAUGCCAAAAAAAAGGUCUCCUAUGGUCAACUUACCCCAUACACGCGGUAAAAGAAUAAACAGGUUCAGGAGCAACAUCUGCUGCCAUCCAGACAAAGACUUUUUCAGGGAAGACCUUCAUAUUUCAGCAAGACCAUGACAAACCACAUUCUGCAGGGAUUACAACAGCAUGGCUCAGUAGUGUAAGAGUCCUGGUCCUAAAUUGAAUUGUCACUUAUUGUAAACAUUUGCACACAACCAAAUAUAAACAAAAUAUGACAUUAGACAGAGACAAAUCUAAACCCAACAUCAGGCAAGAAUGAGUCAACAUCAUCAAAACUCCAGAAACCGGUCUUCUUAUUGAAUUCAUAAAUUAUAACAUUUUUUAGUUUCAGCGUUUAAUUUGUUGUCAUUGUUGUUGAACUGUUUUUCUUUAAAUGUUGGACGCAAACAAAACAUAAACCAUUAAAUUUCUUCUCCUAAAAACCAUUUCAUGAAAACCUUGGUUGACUGCUGUUAGUGUCGUCCAUUUAUAAAUUACACCCUUAAUAAAAGAUACCAGUAUUACUGAUCAUACUGUUUUCAGCUUAAUAUGACAAGUUACCACAUGAAAGACCCCCUCUAACCCCCCCCCCCCCCAAAAAAUAAAUAAAUAAAUAAAUAAAAAUAAUAAUAAUAAUAAUAAUAAUACAGACUAUUCAACUAACAUGUCUUCUUUAUGCGUCUGUAACAGGAACAUAUCUUUGCGUGGACCCAAAUACACUCAGAGGAUAAAACACAUCACUUACAACCACAGUCUACCACCUCAUACUUAAGGUCUGUGACAUACAUUUAAAACCUCCUGUGGAUUUGGGGAACCUGAGCAGCCCUUGCAACGCUGAACUCCUCUUCUUUAUACGUCCAUCUUUGUGCACAAACUCAAAUUGUAUUCACUGCUUCCCUCUUGUGGCUCAACUAAAAACUAAAGCCACUAUACAAAGUGGUCCCUGAUCUUAUUCUCCUGUUUUUAUCUGUAACUUCAACAGGACUAAUCUUUAUCAAAUGGAUUGCCGUUGCUUUAUUUAAGUGUAUAAAAGCAAAAGUGCAGAGUUAAAACAGAAUGAUUUUUCUAUGGCCCUCAGAAAGCUGCCUAAACAUGAAAACUGUGGAAAAUAAAGGGGUGCUUUAUUCCAUUAUAGUUCAGGUGGUAAAUACGAUUCUUUUAGGUGUGUCAGACUUUUGUAGCAGGUAAAGGACAGAAAAGAAAAAAAGGAAUCAUAGAAGUUGAAGUACUUGCAGUGAAAGUUGAAUAACCCUGGCUUGAAAAGUAUUGAAUGUAAGUUUAAACAUGUAUGUAUAAAAGAUGAAAAUCAAGGGUAACAUAGAGACAGAACAAACCAAAAGACUUUAACAGAUGUUUCUAAUUUAGUGAGGCCUGAAACUGACCGCAAAAAAGUACUAAGUGUAUGAAAAGUUGGGCACGGUCUCUUCAGGUGAUUUGCUCUUCUUCUCAGUUGUUUUGAAAAAUGACUGAUCCCAGUUUGAAAGGGUUAAAGGUAUCUUUUAAUCUUACAAAAGGUCUGUUUUUGAAAACAAACAAAAUCAGAGUUAUAGAACAUUUAAAAGAUACAGAGCGGUUAAAAGCAAAUCAAUUUCAAAAUAAUAUUUACAAAAUAUACUUACAUACAAGAUUAGUGCCAGUACUGCACAGGACCCAGACUAUGUGGAGUUAGUGUCGGUGACAAACUGUGUCAGUACUUUAUCUCUCACCAUCAAACAGGAAGCACACUUCAAUGAAAUUCUUAAUGAACAUGUUAGCAUCAUACAGGAGCAUCAAAACAUUUAUAAAGGAUCCAGACUGAGGCUCAACCAAAGAGCCUGAAACAAGCUGCAGAGGCAGUGCAUAAAAACACAAUGCAGUAUGCAUGUCUUUUUCUUAAAAUCAGUCUUUACCGAUGAUUUAAACGCUCAAAACAACAGCCUGGUGUUUUCAUCAUACAUUAUCUAUGACAAAAUGAACUGGUAUAUUGCUGUUGAUUCAGCACCAUGUAUCUGUAUCACUGAAUUACCAAAAACAAAACAAAUAAAUCUGAUAAUCUUACACAUUAUAAUAAUGUUGGUGUUCAGGUUAGCCAUUCACAUGCGCUACAUCAGUUUUAAUAGAGGUGUAGAGGUUGUUAAAAGGCAUCCAGGGAAAUUAAAUACUUCAAGCUGAAGCAGAGAAGGCGGGUUGAGGAAAAGUUUGUGCAUUAAGAUACAAAAUUCUAACCUUCAACCAUAUAAAUCACCCUAAUGUUUUAGUUCUAUCUAUCUAUCUAUCUAUCUAUCUAUCUAUCUAUCUAUCUAUCUAUCUAUCUAUCUAUCUAUCUAUCUAUCUAUCUAUCUAUCCAAUUUCAGUCACAAACAGAAGAAAAUACUUUUUUUAGCUAAAACAGUUAGGUUUUUGGCAGUAAAAAUACAACAAAUUAAAGCUCCUGUGAGUAACUUUCACUUUGUGUAAAAUUUGGCGCCCCCUGCAGUCAAAGCAGCAUCUCUCUCUUUUUUUUGUACUGAGUCUUAUAUGUGUACAAAUGACAUUUAAUGGUUCAAUCUAAAAUCCCUCUCUAUUUUGAAAUCACAUACAGUAUAUCACCUUUUUCAGAAUAUUGCUAUUGGAUAAGGUCAAAGAAAAACAAAAUUAUUGGUUUCUGUUUAUCACCUCAGCCAACACCUGCCUCCAACACCGGCCUUUAUGACUGUGAAAAUGAUUAAUAUGAGAAGCUGCUUCGUAAAUCCAGCCGCCGUUAAAGACUCUGAAGGAAAUGUUUUCAGCCUCACUUCUCCAUAACAGUGACAACUCAAGAAAUCAGACAAUCUCGUGCUGAAUGUAGAGCCGCAAGACCAUCUUCUGCCAAACAACGAAGCUUCGUAAAGACGCUAAGUAGAAACUGCCAUUACUCAACAGGCAGAGAAAAGCUGAAGUUACACAGAGAGCAGCUCCUCAUAAUUGGGAGGACUUAAAAAGCUAAAUGUUUUUUUUUUUUUUACAAGACUUUCUAACUCUUUUUUAAAGUGUCACAAUACCAUGGACCAAUAUUUUUGUAUCGUGACAUUUUGUUAUUGUUUCAUCCAUAUAAAUUAUAACUUCUCUCACAAUCAGCACAAACCUCCUCACAGGAGCUUUAAGUGAGUCUUUUUCCUGCCUUUUUGUCUUUGCAGGUUUUUACAAAAUUAAGAGUGCAUCAGACUGCAAAGAAAAUGAAUGACAAAAAUCAGUUUUUAUAAUACUCUCUAGUUGCUUUUUGCCUAAUUUUGGAUUCAGUACCAAAAAUUACACAGUUGAAAUGACUGAAAUAACAUAGAGUUUGUCAACUGAACGGAUAUCAACACAUUUGUUAGUGUGUUUAUUAUUACAGAAUUUAAAUCACAUGCUCUACGUUUAUUGUAAGCUUUGAAUUUAUCCUGAUGCACGUGUUGGGAUUCUUCACUUAUAAAAUUUAAACUUCUUUAAAUAAAUGAAAACUAAGGCAUUGUUUCUGCAUAAACACAAUUUGUGCUAACUUCUAAAACUGAUGGUGACAGAGGAUACACGAACAUGACAAUGUAGUGCAAUGUGCCUUCACUGCAUAUCAAUAUAGCAGCACCACAGUGUGGAGAAGAACUGAUCCGACAACAAACUGUCACAACUAAGGAAAAUUCCACUGAGUUUGGGCUGGUGUUAGGUUGCACAAAAACUGAAUAUCUGCCUACAACACAAACACAGAGUAUGACUUAUCAUUUUUAAGAAAAGUUGUUACUGUGGAUUAUAUGUUGUAAUAUACUCAUGUGUUGAUCUACACUACAUACUUACAUUAUGUUUGUAACAUAAUGUUAUUAUAAAAUGAUGUUCGAUACACAUAGUGUUCAUUUUAUAUGAGAUUUAAAUCAAAACUUGCAUAAAAUAAAAGCAUGAGUGGACAAAGGCCCUAACAGAUUUACACAUACAACAACUAUUGGAGUUGCAAUACGUGGAGCUUUCAUUCCAGCUGCUUCUGUCACUCUUUCAAUGGAGAACAAGCAAAAACAUGUUUCUACUUCCAUCCAUUUGGUCUACAGAGAGCGGCACAGUCACUGUCAUUUUACGGAUCUAUCACAUAUUAAUCACUAACCUCAGAAAAAUGUGCUGAGAGCCCAAAGUUUUAUUAUAUUGUGAGGUUAACACUGAACCAUUUGGGGUCUGUUAGUGUGCGCUGUCUGGAUUAAUUAUGAAAACUGCAGCAGAGCAGCACAACAGACUUUAUUUUUGCACUGCUGGUACUGUUGUGAUGUUUUCAUUAUUUCUUUCAAGUACUGAACAAACUAAAGAGGAUUCAAAAAGGGCUCUUUAUAUUUGACUUGAAUUAAACACUACGAAACACUACAUGUAACCCAUACCUGAUGAUGUAACACUAAUACUAAAACUGGUAACACUGUUACUACUUGUAUUCGUCUGCAGUAAAUGCAUGUGCUGUCUUAUAAUUGAGGCACUAAAAAAAUAAAUCUAAGUUUCUAUUAUUUUUGGUCUAACUUUACACCGCUGUUGUACGUUAAUAGCUGUCUUUACAUAGAAACUAAUUUUGUAGCAGUUCAAUAGAAAGUCUAAGGUUUACAGAAGCUUUAAAUCCUUCUUAGCUUAUCAUAAUAGACCCUGAGCCACUGAGCUUGUGAUGACAGUGUGUCGGCUGAAUCUGAUCUCUAGCCUCCUCUGGUUGACAUAUGGAUGGUGGUGCCUGGUGGGGACUGCGACGGCAAACAGUUUCCGUUCCCGUUCAGCUGUUUCGUUAGUAUUGUGAGAGAUUUUGUGAUCGGUCUAAUGAACGCCAUUGAUGAUGUGGUUGUGCAGCAGCUCCGGUUCAUGGUUGUGCAUCGUGAGGUUCAUCUCCUCGUCCCUCAGCCGAGCGUUCUUCCUGAUCUCCUCCAGGGAGUAGUCCUUCACCAGACUGCCGUUCUCAAACACAGUCACCAGCAGGUCCUAGACAACAGAGCGAACUCAGAUCAGUUAUGUAAGAGGAUAUAAGGACAAUACAGAAAACACAAUAGGUGGACAGAUUUUUAGCAUGUUGGGAUUUCCUACAUCAUAACUGCAAGCUUCGUCUCUAAGCCUGCUCUAGCCGCCAGAUUCCUAGAAGUAGAGGAUGAUCGCGGAACAGGUGUGUACGGUAGCGCGUUACAAUAUUCGUAAGUAAGCUAAUUAUGAAAUUAACUUUCAUCAUGUCCCUAAAGGCAUGAGUGUCCGAGAGCUGAAGCUCCUAUGUUACCUGCCACUUCUACUACACCGGCAAUGUUAGCCUACAAGCUAGUGUGAAGAGAAGUGUGCAGAGCAGCGCUGUCUCUGCCCACAACUCGGAGGCGAA